AUUUUUGAAUCAUAACAUUGAAUGAUCGAAACAUAUACACUGUACACACAUACUUAUCUGUCUUGGUUGAUGGUAGAAUGGUCAUUUCAGCAUAGGGUGUGGCCCAAACCAAAGCCGUCAUAAGCUACUCCAAAUCAAAGCACCAAACUGGCCAUUAUGAAUACAGCUAACAUUGUUAUUAUUUGUCUUUUCUUUAAGUUUUAAAUAUAGACCAAUGGACAAUUGAACAUGAUGAUUACCACCAAUUUGUAAAUUUUCCCAACUCAGAAUUUGGAAAAACAGAAACCAAGAAAGAAAGAGUCUUCACUUCACCCCUAUUCAUUUGUAAUGGCAUCAUUUGCAGGCACUACUCAGAAGUGCACAGUAUGUGAAAAGAAAGUUUACUGGGUGGAACAGCUCACUGCUGACAACAAGGUCUACCACAACUCUUGCUUCAGGUGUCACCACUGCAAGGGUACCCUCAAGCUGAGUAAUUAUUGUUCCUUUGAGGGUGUACUAUACUGUAAGCCUCAUUUUGAUCAACUGUUUAAGAUGACAGGCAGCUUGGACAAAAGUUUUGAAGGUAUUCCAAGAAAUCCUAGAGUUGAAAGAUCUGCUGAUCAGGUCCAAACCAACAAGGUUUCAAGAUUGUUUUCUGGAACUCAGGAAAAGUGUGUUGGUUGCAAAAAAACAGUGUACCCAAUUGAGAAGGUGGCUGUUGAUGGCAAAUCUUACCAUAAGUGUUGUUUCAGGUGCACCCAUGGAGGUUGCGUAAUCAGCCCCUCAAAUUAUAUUGCUCAUGAACAUCGUCUUUAUUGUAGACACCACCAUACUCAGCUCUUCAAGCAGAAGGGUAAUUUCAGUCAGUUAGACAAGCAUGAAAAUGUCCAAGUCAUGACUGAAAACACAACACAACAUCCUAGUAAUGGCGAUACUGGUCCAGAAAAUGGCUCUUUGUAAACAUCAAGUGCCACUAUUACAGUGCCAAUUGUCCUAUUUGAUUUGCUGUGUAUGUUAUAAUAUUUGUGAGGCAAGCUUGUAACGAUAACAUUCAAUUUGCGGAUUUCGUUUUGGUUGCUUAGAAUUGGAAAGUAAUUAAUACGUAUUUUGGUCCAUUGUUCCAAUAAAUUA